GCGGUUUUAAGCGUCAGCAGUGCGUAUGAUCUCCACGAAACACUUGGUUCGUAUAAUUACGAGAUAUAGCAUUCACGCCAUUUUAGAUGAAUAAUUAGAAAUUGGGGAGGAAUAUGCGCACAUGGAUCGUCUGAUUGCUUUCAAUUGGAGAACGAAAAGGAAGAAACAUGAAGGGGAAGGUUAGAAUUCACUUUUUGGGGAUUAUUCUGGGGAUCGUCUUCCGUGCAGCGCAAGGUCAAUUACUAGCUAAGGAGCAUCGUACACACGCAGCCUCUGAACGGGCCAACGAUCUUUGGUGUUAUCAGUGUGAUACGAUGGAGGAUGGAGAGAAAUGUGUAGAUUUGGUCGGCAAUCACACGUCGUUGAUGAAGAAGUGUAAAGAUGACAAAAGGAUUUGCAUUGUAAAAAGAUUCUCCUUCACCACAAGUACAGAAAAUUCUACGUCUGAACCCAUGAUGUGGGCCAUCGAAAGAAACUGCACGAACAAAUGUGAGCCUGGUUGUAUAGUGAUUGGAGAAAGAACGAAGCUCUAUGCGUGCACAGCAUGUUGCGAAAAAUCCCUGUGCAAUACCGGGAAAGGUACAGCUGCUGAAAUGAGUACGAAAGAAAUUGGUUUUGUACUCGCUCUGCUACUCCAAGCUCUCCUUACAAUUACACUGUAUCCGGCGUGACAUUGCCGAUAAAUCGUUGAAUAUUU